GCGGGGGGUCAGGCGGCUGUAGCUGCCGGUCCUUCGUAUUUUGUCUUCCGAUGUUCAUACAGAUGCAGGGGAUUGUUGGCUUUAUAAAACUAAAUAUCAAGAUUUUAUUUACCGAUUCCGCAUAGUUUUGUCUUGAUGAGUAUUUUUAUGAAUCACAGAAAAUAUACUUCUGAAACAAGUGUAUAUAUCCAACAUGUAGCACGUAACCUGCCAAGCUGCAGAACCUGUAUUACAGUAAACAAUAGUAUUUUUAGGAGAUUUAGCGCUAUUAAAAGUGUCUGAUGGCUUCAGACGAAUUUUUCGCUGACUUAGAAUUGGAAACAUUCACACGGAAUGAAUCAAAACAAGAGAAGCCCCAACUUCCUACCACACUUAGAAAGUUGAACACCUUCUGCAGAAGACAAGCUUUUUCGUCAUAUGUGGCGUCAAAACGAAAUGCCAGUAUUGGGGAUUCGAUCUCACAACCAGUUUGGUACUGUUGUGAUCAAACCUUCUGGGAACCAUCUUCUGUUCAUAAGCAUGUGGCCAGAACACACGAAAACGAAGUCCAACAGCUCACAGAGGUAACAUUUCAGCGUUUGUUGAGCCAGCUGGAGGAUAAAAAAUGCGAAAGACCGCUCCCCAGAGAUCACAAUCAAGAAGCAGUGGAAAUCUCUUCAUGGCUGCCUGAUACUAGUUACCUAACAGUGGAAGAGCUUCAAAAGGGCCCAGGUAAAGUCCUUCUCUAUUACCGUUACUUUCGGGUGGACGACCCGUACACCAUCUGCGCCUGGCAAAAGGCUCUGUGUGAGAAGCUUCAUCUAACUGGCAAGGUACGGGUGUCGACGGAAGGCAUUAACGGAACAGUUGGUGGGAGCGUCUUGGCAACUGACAUCUACAUUAAGACCAUGUGCGCCCAUGCGCUUUUCAACUCAAUGGAAGAGGACGACUUUAAGUCUAGUGAUGGUGGAGCAGAGUGUUUCUCAGACCUAAGGGUGGGGGUAUACGAGGAGAUUGUUCCCAUGGGAGUCCACCCCGAUGUCAUCUCCUAUCAGCUGGCAGGAACUCAUCUGAACCCCGAGGAGUUCCACCAGGAAGUAGAAUCUCUCCAGUCUGAAGGAGAGUCCUCUCAGGACACCGUGCUCCUCGACUGUCGAAACUUCUAUGAGAGCAAAAUCGGCCAGUUCCGUCAAUGCCUGGCUCCCAACAUCCGGAAGUUCAGUUACUUCCCAGAAUACGUUGACCAGAACCUGGACCUGUUCCGGGACAAGAAGGUCCUGAUGUAUUGCACCGGGGGUAUCCGCUGUGAGAGGGCUUCCGCAUAUCUCCUCUCCAAGGAAGUGUGUAAAGAGGUUUACCAGCUAAAGGGAGGCAUCCACAAGUAUCUGGAGCGCUUCCCGGACGGCUUCUAUCGAGGAAAGCUGUUUGUCUUCGACGGAAGAUACGCUAUUUCCUCCAACGCAGACAUCCUCUCAGAGUGCAGGUACUGCGGCGCUCCAUGGGACCAGUACCAGCUGUGUGCCACCCGGUUCUGCUGCCAGCUGGUCUUGUCCUGCCCAGCAUGCAGGGGCGUGGGGCGCACGGCCUGCUGCUCCGCGUGCCAGAGCAAGGUCCCGCCAGAGGGGGAGGAGUCUUGCGCAAUUGGUCCCGCCGUGCUCAAGGAGAAGUGUGAGUGCACCGACCGACGGCCCAGAAUUCCCCAGGAUGCGCUAUGAGGAAGAGGUCGUCACCAUCAGGGCAUCGCUCACCAGCGAGCGAGCGAAAUGAUCCGAGACUGUGGGUCAUAUGGAAAAAGAAAAUGCCAAAUUACAAAUCAGAACUGCAUAAUAAUUUCUUUUGAGGCCUAUGAAGAAAUGUAUUAUUAUUGUUAUUACAUUGACUACACACGUUUAAUAAACAACCUUUACUCAUGAAAC